AAGCAGGCUCGGCAAUUGGAAAAUGAAAUUGAUUUGAAAUUAGUUUCAUUCAGCAAAUUAGGGACUAAUUACUCUUCUCACAAAGAAUUUGGAAGUGAAUCUGCACCGCUAAUCAAUAAAACAAGUAGUGAACAUAUGUUUGAAACCAUGGCAAUGGAAAUUGAACAGCUGGUAUCUAAGCUUCAAGAGGUGAAUGACCGAAUGGCAGAUUACACACAGAAUAUCAGUAUGAGUUCACCAAGUGCAGCGCUAUUACAUACACUACAGCGACACAGAGACAUACUGCAGGACUACACACAUGAAUUCCAGAAAACCAAAGCCAACAUUACAGCAAUCCGUGAACGUGAGGACCUCAUGGGAUCUGUACAAAGGGACAUCAGUGCAUAUAAAAAUUCCUCUGGUUUGAACAGAAGAUCAGAAUUAUAUCUCAAAGAGCAUGACCACAUACGAAACUCAGAGAGGAUGAUAGAUGAACAAAUCAGUGUAGCAAUGAUGACAAAAGACAAUAUGGAAUCACAGAAGAAAAUGUUGUCAAGUAUUUCACAAAGAAUGAAUUCAGUAGCAAAUCGUUUUCCAUUGAUAAAUUCGUUGAUGCAGAAAGUAAACCUACGUAAGAGAAGAGAUACUAUAAUCAUAGCUAGUGUUAUAGCUACAUGUACAAUAGUGUUAUUACUGUAUGCUUUUCAUUAAGUGAUUGUUACCAUGGUGAAUUGAAGUUCCAUGGAAGAUAUUUCUGUUUCGGUCAUGUGGACCAUGUGGUCAUGUUAUUAGUCAAGGAGAUAGCAGAUGUGAGGAACUUGAAGAGGACACAUGGAUUAACUUUUAAUGGCAAAUUUACGUUACUGACAAUUUGUGAAUGUGUAAUUGUUUGGGAGACUGAAAAGGAUGUAAUGAUGAAGGGCUUUUUUUCACGGUUUCCUAGAAUGAUAUAGAUUUGAAAAUGUUAGAUACCUUGUUCAUCAGAUGAAGAAAUAUAAUGACAAUCCACGUAAUAAUUUCUUUAUUAUAUACACCCCUUUUCCUCUCAAACCAUUGGUGAAACAGUAAAAAUUCUAACUCUAGAAAAACCAACUGAUACAUUAUUCACAAACUAACAAAUCCUAGCCAGUUUUAUGCCCCACGGAACUAGAGAAUACGGUUAGUAGUAACGAUUAUGAAUAAAAUCCAAAUCUCCAAAUUGUGACAACAAAAGUGAAAGCUACUCCACAAACAGCAGUCACCUACCCACUUGAUAUUGUAUGUCAACCAUAAAUGGGUUUUAUACCAACCUGGUGAAAUCGGGAAAAGUGUUGUAGUAACCUUGUAUUUAUUGCUUUACCUAGAAUAGUAAAAAUUUGUUCUAGAAGUUUAAACAAUCAAAGUUAUUUUUAGUUGUAGCCUCAAAUGUUAUCUGAAUAUGUGAAUAUGUAAUGCAUGUUAAUGAAAUGAAUUUUAGGCCUUUUUUGUGUGUGUUUUUAAAAGAAUCUUUUGGUUAUGCAGAUAUGACUCUGGUACAGUGAGUUAAUUCUUCACAUUAAACAAGGUAUUAGUUAGAAGUAAAAUCUCUGUACAUUGUAAUCUAGCCGUAUAACAGUACCAUACUUUUGUAUUUUUACAUGUUAAGUACAUCAUAUGUAUAACUGUGCGAUACCUAAUACAUUUCUAACCACUAGUUUACAGUACAGAACAAAGCCCAGCCAAGGGGUGGGGAGAUAAGUUUCACAGUCAAUUUGGAGAUGUCUUCUGUUUCUGUCAGUACAAUAGUACUAUGUGAAUAUUGUAUGGUUGUUGGUGUAAAUAUCGGAG